AUGUCUGAAGUUUCUGUCUUUAUUGUAGUGCUCUGUACGCUCCUCUGCACUGCACACACUCAAGCUGCUGUGCUAACUAUUGAACCCAACUGGUCCAGUUUUGUUAUUCAAGAGUUUGUUACCUUCAUAUGUGACAUGAAUGAAGGUGAAGACGCUGACUGGGAAUACAAAAUCAACAAGGAUGGGCGAGAAUUUAUCCCCUACAACACACACAAAGACUAUACAUUAGAAAUUAGCUCUAAGGGUGACAGUGGUGAAUAUCAGUGCUCUGGUCGCAAAAAGAGCUCACAUAAAACAAAGAACAGUAAUACUGUCUCUAUAAUUGCAUUAGAUAAACCCAGGGCCACACUGACAGCAGGAACAACAAUCAUACCAGUAGGGGGCAGUGUGACACUGACCUGCUCUGUGCAGAGCUCUGAUGGAUGGAAAUAUGAGUGGUUCAGACGAACCCAAACAACCUCUGAAGUUCAAAUCAGAGAUCAACAAAACAGAGAUAUCAGAUUUUCUCCUGCCUUUGUUCUACAUACAACAGAAGUUAAACCAAAGGCCCAACUGACUACUAACAGCAGAGACGUUCCAGUAGCAGGCAAAGUGACUCUGAACUGCUCAGUGAACCUGUCAUCUGAAUGGAAAUACUUCUGGUACAGAGGUAAUAAAUCCUCUGAACCCCUGACUACACAAGAUGCUGCUCCUUCAGACGGACAAAUCAGUGUCUCACAGGAAGGACUCUACAGGUGCAGAGCAGGAAGAGGAAACCCAGUUUACUACACAGACUACAGUGAUCCAGUCAACAUUGAUAAAAACAGUGAGUUUGACUGAAAGUUAAUGAGUAUACAACCUUCAAAAGAUUGUUGUGAGCCUUUCAAUUUGACAAUAUUCAAUAUGAUAUUUGUAUAAUAUUUAAAGUUUGAAUAGCUCUUGUUUACCACUGGGUCAUUGUUACAAAUUGACUUUAGCUGCGUAGAAAUACCAUAGUUUUUGAAAACAUCAACAUUAUUUAAAGGUUAAAAGGUUCAGUACUACAGAGCCAUCUUUAAAGUAUAAAUAUGCAAUAAUAUAUAUUUUUUCCUCUAACGCUGAUUUUUAGUGCAUGUAAUUUUUCUAAUUGUUGACAGAAGUUACACCAUCACAUCGACAUAUUGUGGUUUAAGUAAGAUGUUUUUUGGUCAGUGGAGACCUAACAGCACAAAAGCACAGCUCCAUCCUGUAUUGUAUUAACAGUCCAGGAUACUGGUGGUUGUGUAAUAGUGCGAGAGAUAUUCUUAGUACACUUUUGUCCCCUUUGUACUAAGUGAGCAUUGUCUAUAUACCACAGAAUACUACUGCAGAAAACAAUACUAAGU